GAAAUUAUAUAAGGAACAAGAAGAGGAGAAGCAGGUAAAGGAGCCGUGUUCAUGACCUUACCUGAUCUUUCUUUCUCACGCACCAAAUAUACGAACAAUCCCAAAAUCACUUCGAUGCAACAUCCCAAUUCUAGAGUCCCAACUCGCAAGAUUUGUGUCUCGCAAUUUCUAGGGUUCUUCGUAUCUGUUUAAUUUAUUCCGAUACUGAAAAAAAGGAAAAUUCAAUUCGAUACCUUAUAGAUCAGAAUUAGGGUUUCUGUUGCUCGCUGAGUGAAAGAGAAAGAGAAAGAGAAUGCCACAGAGGCACUCGAAGAACAAUAACGACCUAGCCUUCUUCACGUAUGACGAGAAGCGGAAGCUAGGGUACGGAACCCAGAGAGAGAGGCUUGGCAAGGACUCUAUCAAGCCCUUCGAUGCCUGCAGCCUAUGUUUGAAGCCUUUCAUCGACCCCUUGUGUUGCCAGAAGGGCCAUGUCUUCUGCAAGGAAUGCAUCCUUGAGUGCUUGCUUUCUCAGAAAAAAGACAUUCAAAGGAAGGUAGCUGCACAUGCUGCUCAGGAGAAGCAAGAAAAGGAAGAGGAAGAUGAGAAGAUAAUGCUGCAGAAAGCUAGAGAGCUUGAGGCAUUUGAUCAACAAAACCAUGGUGCAGUACCACAAUAUAAUGAUAGAAACUACAGCCGAGAUAAGAAUGGUUUCCAUGGGGCUAAUAGUGUCAAGGUCACGUCGUACGAGGAAGAAGCACUUCGAACAAUGAAAGCAUUUUGGCUGCCCUCUGCUACACCAGAUGCUCCUGUUAAAGUGGAUGUCCCCUCCACCAGUACUGUCUGUCCUGAAGGCAAGGAGAAGCUGAAGCUAAAGACUCUUUUCCCCAUCAUUUUCACAGAAGACAAUAGCGAUGGGAAGAAAUCUUCAUCUCUGGACAGAACUUUUAUCUGUCCUAGCUGCAAGGUCACUCUGACUAACACACUGUCACUUGUGGCCCUCAACACAUGUGGACAUGUCUUUUGUAAGAAGUGUGCUGAAAAGUUUAUGGUGGUUGAUAAGGUUUGUCUUGUUUGCAACAAGGGGUGUAAAGAGAGGAAUUUGGUGAAGUUGGAAAAAGGAGGAACAGGCUUUGCCGGCCAUGGAGAUCAUCUUGAAGCAAGGGACUUCAAGCAUUUGGGGAGUGGUAGUGGUUUGGGACUGGUUAGGCCUGCAACAAAGACUUGAGCUUCAAGUUUCCUUUUUUGGGUUAUUAUGUACCCAUUACAUUUACCUGAAUAGAAGAAAUGAUAGCUCUUUCUUUUUUGGUGUUCUUUCAAAUGCUUCUUGUAUCGUGUUUUCACUACUGCCCUCUAAGUUAACUCAAUCAGGAAUGUUUCUGUAAGAUAGCUAUAUUGGUCAUUAUGCAUCCUUAAUUUUAUGUUGA